GACGCGCAUGCGCAAUACGGAGCUGUGCCGAAAAGGAUGAAGCGUGUAUUUGCUUUGACGGAAAAGAGCUUGCUUGGAUCUCCUAUCCAGUAUGUCUGGCAGAGAACGUUGGGGAACUACAUUGCAGUGACAGGAUCAUCUCAAAGUGUGAAAAUCUAUGAUCGGCAUGGGGUGAAGAAAGAUGAAAUUAAAUUACCAGGCACGUGUUUUGCUAUGGACUGGGACAAAGAUGGGAACGCUCUCGCUAUCAUUGCUGAUAAAUCAAAUUCCAUCUACAUUUGGGAUCCAAACACAAGGAAGACCAGUCAGUUAGACAGCAGCAUGAGGGAUCAGAUGUCCUUCUUGCUUUGGUCAAAGGCUGGAUCUCUGUUAGCCGUUGGAACAUCUAAAGGAAGUUUGCUCAUUUACAACCUACAGACGUCUCGUAAGGUCCCUGUGCUUGGGAAACACACCAGACGUAUUACAUGCGGUUGCUGGAGCUCUCAGAACUUGCUAGCCUUGGGCAGUGAAGACAAAAUGAUCACUGUCAGCAAUCCGGAAGGAGAUACUAUCAGACAGACGUCGGUGAGGCUCGAGCCCAGUGAUAUACAGUUUUCUGUGAUGAAGACAGACGAGCGGACAUCGCCGGGAGAAAGCACAAUAAGUGUUGUUGUGGGGAAGAAAACGUUGUUUCUGUUCAAUCUUAACGAUCCAGACAAUCCAAUUGAAUUGGCGUUCCAGCAGCGCUACGGCUCCAUAGUAUCACACAGAUGGUACGGUGAUGGUUACAUCAUGAUCGGGUUCUCUCUUGGAUUUUUUGUUGUGAUUUCAACACAUAUGCGUGAAAUUGGCCAGGAGCUGUUUCAGGCGCACAACCAUAAUGAUAACCUUACAAGUAUCUCCAUAUCGCAUUCGCUAAACAAGGCUGCGUCAUGCGGUGACAACUGCAUCAAAAUCCAUGACUUGACGGAACUUAAAGAUAUGUACGCCAUCAUAAAUCUGGAUGAUGAAACUAAAGGUCUAGACAAACUUUCUUGGACUGACGAUGGUCAGUUACUGGCUGUGUCCACGCAACGAGGCUCCCUCAAUGUCUUCCUGACCAAGCUUCCAAUCCUUGGGGACACUUGUGGUACCAAAAUUGCGUACCUUACCUCUCUUCUCGAGGUGACAGUAGCCAACAAUGUGGACGGGGAACUACCAAUCGUGGUUUCGGUUGAAGUAGAGCCGAACUUCGUGGCUGUUGGUCCGUAUCACUUAGCUGUAGGAAUGAAUAACCGCGCUUGGUUUUACGCUCUCACUGAAAACGGGGUAGAGAAGUUAAAGGACAUGGAGUACCUGGGAUCUGUUGCCAGCAUGAGCUUAAAUUCAGACUACGCUGCCGCUCUUUUUGAAGGAAAAGUUCAGCUUCAUAUGAUUGAAAGCGAUGGUUUAGAUCAGGAGGAAAGAGAGACGCGGCUUUUCCCCAAAACAGAUGAUACGUAUCGGAUUCUGUGCCAUUGUCUGACUUCAGAUUUCCUUAUUUAUGGGACAAAUACGGGGCUUAUCAAAUACUUCUACCUGGAAGACUGGCAGUUUGUGAAUGAGUAUCGGCACAAUGUGAGCGUGAAGAAGGUCUUUCCCAAUCCCUCUGGAACACGACUGGUUUUAAUUGAUGAGAAGGCUGAUGGUUUUGUGUAUUGCUCUCUAAAUAAUAAUUUAUAUGAAGUCCCAAAUUUCCCUCCUACCAUUAAAGGCAUUUUAUGGGAAAACUGGCCAAUGGAUAAGGGUGUCUUUGCUGCCUAUGACGAUGAUAAAAUAUACACAUAUGUUUUCCAUAAGGACACAAUACAAGGUUCCAAAGUGAUUUUGGCAGGCGGCACCAAACUCCCCUUCUCUCACAAGCCGAUCCUGCUCCAUAAUGGCGAACUCACUUGUCAGACUCAGAGUGGGAAAUUAAGCAGCGUCUAUCUCAGCACCCACAGCUUUCUCGACAAUAUCCGCGAAGCAGGGCCCGGGGAGCUCCAAAAAAUGCUAACUCAGUCUUUAAUGCUGCGGAGAUUUUCCGACGCGUGGGAGAUAUGUAAACUCUUAGGGGAUAAAUCUAGCUGGAACGAGCUGGCGAGAGCCUGUCUGCAUCACAUGGACGUCGAGUUUGCUGUGCGAGUUUACCGCACCAUCGGAAAUGUCGGCAUGGUGAUGUCCCUCGAACAGAUAAAGGGUAUAGAGGAUCACAACCUUUUAGCAGGACAUCUUGCCAUGUUUACCAAUGACUUCAACCUCGCGCAGGAUCUGUACCUGGCGUCCAGCAGCCCGAUCUGUGCCCUUGAGGUGAGACGGGACUUGCAGCAUUGGGACAGCGCCCUGCAGCUGGCCAAACGCCUGGCACCGGACCAGAUUCCCUUCAUUUCUAAGGAGUACGCCAUGCAGCUGGAGUUCACGGGUGAUUAUGUGAAUGCACUCGCUCAUUAUGAAAAAGGAAUCACGGGAGACAACAAGUUUCUGGAGCACGAUGAAACAUGUCUAGCUGGUGUAGCCCGAAUGUCCAUCCGAAUGGGAGACAUCCGCCGCGGAGUUAACCAGGCCCUCAAACACCCCAGCCGAUUACUAAAGAAGGACUGCGCGGCCAUUUUGGAGAGCAUGAAGCAAUUUUCAGAAGCGGCCCAGCUGUACGAAAAGGGGCAAUACUACGACAAGGCGGCCUCUGUGUAUAUUCGCUGUAAGAACUGGGCAAAGGUGGGAGAGCUGCUUCCUAAUGUCUCUUCUCCAAAGAUUCACUUACAGUAUGCCAAAGCGAAGGAGGCAGAUGGACGGUAUAAGGAAGCCGUCCUAGCGUAUGAAACUGCCAAAGACUGGGAUAAUGUGAUCCGAAUCUACUUGGAUCACUUAAACAAUCCCGAGAAGGCUGUGGGUAUUGUGAAGGAGACGCAGUCUCUUGAGGGAGCCAAGAUGGUUGCCAGGUUCUUCUUGCGGCUCAGCGACUACGGCUCUGCCAUCCAGUUCCUGGUGAUGUCCAAAUGUAACGACGAGGCUUUCCAGCUGGCCCAGCAACAUAACCAGAUGGAGAUUUAUGCGGAUGUUAUAGGAUCCGAGAACACCAGUAAUGAAGAUUACCAAAGCAUCGCUUUGUAUUUUGAGGGAGAGAAGAAUCAUUUUCAAGCAGGGAAGUUUUUCUUACUUUGUGGGCAACAUGCAAGAGCGCUGAAACACUUCUUAAAAUGCUCAAACACUGAUGAAAAUAUGGCAAUAGAAAUGGCAAUUGAAACUGUUGGACAGGCGAAGGAUGAGCUCCUGACCAAUCAGCUCAUUGACUAUCUGAUGGGUGAGAGUGACGGGAUGCCAAAGGAUGCGAAAUAUCUCUUCCGCUUGUACAUGGCUCUGAGACAGUACAGAGAGGCUGCCCGGACGGCUAUAAUAAUUGCAAGGGAGGAGCAGUCAGCAGGUAAUUACAGAAAUGCGCACGAUGUCCUUUUCAGCAUGUACACAGAACUGAGGACCCAGAAAAUCAAGAUCCCGUCCGAAAUGGCCACAAACCUGAUGAUCCUGCACAGCUAUAUCUUAGUAAAGAUCCAUGUAAAACGCGGAGACCAUAUGAAAGGAGCCCGCAUGCUGAUACGCGUUGCAAAUAAUAUUAGUAAAUUUCCUUCUCACAUCGUCCCGAUCCUGACAUCUACUGUGAUUGAGUGUCACCGAGCAGGCCUGAAAAAGUCUGCAUUUAGUUUUGCAGCCAUGCUCAUGAGACCAGAAUAUCGGAACAAAAUAGACAUCAAGUACAAGAAAAAGAUUGAAUCGAUGGUUAGGCGACCUGACACCACAGAGGUGGAAGAAGACACCAGUUCGUGUCCAUUCUGUGGCUUCCAGCUCCCAGAAAGCGAACUUCUCUGUCCGGGCUGCAAGAAUAACCUCCCGUAUUGUAUUACCACUGGUCGGCAUAUGGUCAAGGAGGACUGGUGUGUUUGCCCUCACUGCGAAUUCUCAGCGUUAUACACAGAGUUUAAAAUGUUGCUUGAAUCUGAAGCCACGUGCCCCAUGUGCUCGGAGAGAGUAACUGCCAGCCAGCUGAAGAAGGUCCUCGACUGCUCAUCAUUUCUCCGCCAGGACCAGGAGGACUCUUAAGGCGCUGUUCACUCGCACAGCAUCUUCUGAUUUCCCCAUA